GCACUUCGAAAAGGAAGCGUGCGGCGACGGAGGAGGAACCAUGCAGGGGGAACAAAGUCCAACUGCUUCCCUCAUUGACAGAACCAUCAAGAUGAGGAAAGAAACGGAAGCGAAGAAAGUGGUCUUAGCGUGGGGACUCCUUAACCUGUCAGUUGCUGGCAUGAUUUAUACUGAAAUGUCUGGAAAACUAAUAAGUUCCUAUUACAAUAUUUCAUGCUGGUUGCUAUGGUAUAUUGAACUUGCGCUUGCAUCGUUGUUCAGCCUCAAUGCCUUAUUUGAUUUCUGGAGGUACUUUAAAUAUACUGUGUCCCCAACCAGCUUGGUUAUGAGUCCUGGACAACAAACCCUCCUGGGGUUACAGAAUGCAGCUGUCCAGACUACUCCGCCGCGUGCGUUGGUGCUAAAGAAGACUCCGCCUUCCCCGCCCUCGCCUCCCAUCCAGGGGCAGAGUGUGCUGAGCUAUAGCCCUUCCCGCUCACCUAGCGCCAGCCCCAAAUUUGCCACCAUGUCUGGCUACAGUCCUCAGCUUCAAGGUGUGCCUGGCAGCAGUGGUUCUUACAGUGCUGCUGUGACUUACUCCCCGGGCAGCAGCUACAGCAAGGCGUCGCCUUUCAGCCCUUCCUCGGGGACUUGCGCCUAUCCCACCAGCAUUGGCCCAGUGGAUAGCAGUGGAGUGAGGUCACGGUACCGCUCUUCGCCCACCGUCUACAAUUCCCCUACUGGCAAGGAAGACUAUAUGAACGACCUGAAGUCCCUUGACCAGUUCCUUCGAAGCGAGGAAGAGAAGCAGCACCGAGUCCAGCUGGGCAGCUCCGACUCUAGCUCGCCUUCCAGCAGCCCCACUUUCUGGAAUUACAGCCGCUCCAUGGCAGACUACGCGCAAAUGCUCCGGAAAUUCCAGUACCAGCCUGCCUGCCGGUCCCAGGCCCCCUCGGCCCACAAAGACGAAGCUGACUUGAGUUCCAAGCAAGCUGCAGAAGAGGUCUGGGCACGAGUGUCAAUGAGCAGACAACUGCUCGAUCAUAUGGACUCUUGGACUGCUAAAUUUAGAAAUUGGAUUAAUGAGACCAUUUUAGUGCCUCUUGUUCAGGAGACUGAAUCUGUGAGCACUCAGCUGCGGAGAAUGGGAUGUCCAGAGCUGCAAAUUGGAGAGGCCAGUAUCAGUAGUUUGAAGCAGGCAGCGUUGGUCAAAGCUCCACUCAUUCCUACCUUGAACACAAUAGUGCAGUACCUGGACCUUACACCAAACCAGGAAUAUUUGGUUGAAAGGAUCAAAGAGCUUUCUCAAGGAGGAUGCAUGAGCUCAUUCAGGUGGAAUCGAGGCGGAGACUUCAAAGCCCGCAAAUGGGAUACUGAUUUGCCCACAGAUGCUGCGAUCAUCAUGCACGUGUUCUGCACAUACCUUGACGCCAGGCUGCCACCUCAUCCAAAAUAUCCUGAUGGCAAAACCUUUACCUCCCAACAUUUCAUUCAAACGCCUGAUAAGCCAGACAUUUCAAACGAGAACUUGUUUUGCAUCUAUCAGAGUGGCAUCAACCCUCCACACUACGAACUUAUUUACCAGCGACAAGUCUACAAUCUACCCAAGGGCAGAAACAACUUGUUCCACACCUUGCUUAUGUUCCUGUACAUCAUAAAGUCUAAAGAGUCUGGGAUGCUUGGGCGUGUCAAUCUCGGCUUAUCCGGUGUGAACGUUCUGUGGAUUUUUGGAGACUAGCUGGUUUGCCAGUCGCUGGGACAGAACUCAUGUUGGACAUGAAGAUCAACACCUCCACCUGUUGGGUGAAGAGGAUUCAACAACUUGGUGGAUUUACUGUCUUGAAAAACAUGGUUUGGAUAUAAAGCGAGGGAUUUACUUUAUUUUUUUUUAAAAAAAAAUACUGUAUUGGACUAAUACGAAAUACUUUUAGCAUUGAAAAGUCGAAAGGUUUCUGCGUACAACUUUACUUGAACAUCAUAUCGGGAAACUGCCAUCAUUUCUGGAUGAACUGAAUUCCUCAUUGAGAGAGAUCAUCAUUUUUACUACUUCUUCUAGACAGCAAAGCAGAAGGCAACUUGGAAGGGGCCUGAUUUGUCACACUCCAUCCAUCUCAGGAGUUUCAUAUGACCCUGAACCCAAGAAUUAACAUUGCUCAAUUGGAACUGAGUACCCAAACGACUGUGUGUGUGCUGCUUGCUGCUGCUUUGUAUUACUAGAAUUGAAAAAAAUAUAGCCACAUCCGUGCAUCCGAGUGCAAGGCCUUAAACCACACAGACACACAAAAAUGAGAAUUCUGUGGAGACCUGGUUCUGCUGGUCAGAAAGGUAUGUUCCUGGCCUCUCUUGCAUGUUAAGUGGUCUGAUGCCCUCUAUGUUUGGUUUCAUUUCUUUUUUAAAGUGACGCUAUUGUACCUACUCCAGCAACAACAUUCUAGGUCUAAUUUGCUCUGAGAAUACUUGGAUCAAAAUUUUAAAGCCGAAAAUAGCAGGUGUACCACAGGGCACUUUGAAGGUCUAGUCCGUAUUGGGCCUGGCUGACUCCCUCAAGAUUUUGAGCCAAUGUUUUAUUUUUUUAGUUUCAGACUUCCUGGUUUUAAUGGGGAUUGUUUUCUAGUGACUUAAAGAGACUUCUCUUCCUUUCUUCUGCACUGCACAGAAAUAAAGGGAUUGCCAUUAGCCCAUGAACCAGAGGGUUGGGUCUCCUUUCCUCCUUCUUAGUACCCGAUAGCAUGAAGUUCAUUCUUGUAGGUCUCUUGUUAUCACUCCAGCAAAGCUGCCGUGUGAGUCCUACGACCAAAACAACAUUGACAGCUUCACCACCACCACCCCAGGUAUAACAGGAGAAGAAGUGUUAUUGGAUGGAUGUCCAUUUCUUUGGAUAACCUGCUUCAGAUUUGUAAUUAACUGGCUGUACACCAUCUACCAGGAAUGUCUCCUGUAUGGGUCCUUAUUGGCAUGAGAAGGGUGCUGCUCCAUUCAUGUCUGUGGGGCCUGCAAAACAGACAUUCCCAGUGGGUUAUGGGCGUCUUGGUGGCAAUAUUGUUUUCUUGCCGAUCUCCAGCAGUGUAAAUAACUUUGUGCUUGACACCCUGGAUAGGAAGUGGCCACUGAAGCGAUUGUAACAUGUUUUUUAAAAGUUGGUUUCCUGUGUAAACACUGCCCCCACCCCAGAAAAAAACACCCUUUAGCAUAUACCCCUUAGUACACAAGCAUUUGACAGACAUAACCGAUUCUUUUAAACAGACCGUUUUCAGAGGGGAAAGUUCUUAACCAUCAGCAGAAAAUGCAAUUCGUUUAAUUACCUACACUCACCAAAGUCUAGCAAAUCGCAGCCCUGUCUCUCUUGGCCGGAAUACAGGCCUGUGAGGCCCACGACCCAGAAACGCUUCCCACUGAUCUGGCUCAACAUGCUUGACUUCCAUUGUUGCCUUGACAAUGUGUGAUUGUACUCUGAUUUUGUAGCUACUAGGUUUUGAAGUCCUGUCACUGUGACCGCGGUCUGUGUUUUGCAUUUUCUCAUCCGUGCCAGGCUCUCUUCGGGGAGCUGAGACCUUUGUUGAUUUCUUGGUGCUAGCAUUAA